UACAAUAUAGUUAGUUCCCUUGUUAUCCAAGAGUCAGCUGGUAGGGGUGAUUUAUAAUAGCCUACCAGUGAAUUGGGUGAUGCAUUUGCUGAGAAAGUUACAAUAACAACAACAACAACAACAACAACAACAACAAUAACAACAAAUUCAUUCACCCAUGGUCAUGGCUGACUUUAAGGAGGAAUAUAAUCAGCGAAAAAAGGAAUUAUCCCAUCAUGUAUUGACAGGACAAUCAAAACUCAGCGCAGACUCUUUGCUGGACAGCAUCAUUGCCCUUGUAUCUGACCUAGAUGUUCCAGGUUUGAAGAAAAAUAAGAAUGUGGAAAGUUUCCUUAAUCGAUAUUCCCACAUUGUACAAACAGUGCGCAAGAAACGAAUGCGUGCGAAUGACUUUGAUAUUGUUAAAGUAAUCGGACGAGGUGCUUUUGGUGAAGUCCAACUAGUUCGUCACAAACCAACUAAACGUGUAUAUGCCAUGAAACUGCUCAGUAAGGUUGAGAUGAUCAAAAGAUCGGAGUCGGCUUUCUUCUGGGAGGAGAGGGACAUCAUGGCCCUGGCUAACUCUGAGUGGGUAGUGAGGCUUGAGCAUUCGUUUCAAGACGAUAAAUACCUCUACAUGGUGAUGGAGUUUAUGCCGGGUGGGGAUUUAGUAAACUUAAUGUCAAACUACGAUGUUCCUGAGAGAUGGGCUCGUUUCUAUACGGCUGAGGUUGUACUUGCUUUGGAAGCAAUACACUCAAUGGGGUAUAUUCACAGGGAUGUGAAACCCGACAAUAUGUUACUGGACAAACACGGUCACCUUAAACUUGCUGAUUUUGGAACUUGCAUGAAAAUGAAUGAGAAUGGCAUGGUAAGGUCGGACACCGCAGUAGGAACCCCUGAUUACAUUUCUCCUGAAGUAUUAAAGUCACAAGGUGGGGACGGACAUUAUGGGAGGGAGUGCGACUGGUGGUCGGUUGGUGUUUUCUUGUACGAGAUGUUGGUUGGUGACACUCCAUUCUACGCUGACUCUCUUGUUGGCACUUACGGUAAAAUCAUGGAUCAUAAAAACUCCUUACAGUUCCCUGAUGAUGUGGAGAUGUCAAAUAAUGCAAAGCAGUUGAUUUGUGGAUUUCUCACUGAUAGAAAGGACAGAUUAGGAAACCACGGAGUCGACGAAAUAAGAAACCAAAGCUUCUUCAAAAAUGAUCAAUGGACAUUUGACACAUUACGUGACACUGUAGCCCCUGUGGUCCCUGAGUUAAACGGGGACACCGACACUCGUAACUUUGACGAUAUCGAAGAAGAGAAAACUGAACCCGAAAACUUUCCCGCCCCCAAAGCAUUUGUGGGGAACCAUCUACCUUUUAUUGGGUUCACCUUCACAAGUGACUCCAUAUACAGCAAUGGUCAAGCACCUACAGUUUCAAAUCAAAAGACCAGUAACAUUGCAGCUAUAGGAGAGGAUUCUGAAAGGUUAAAAGUCAAAGUGAAAAACCUGGAGAAUCAACUUAAACAGGAGGUCAAGAAGAGGGAGGAACUGCAGAAUAAAUAUGAUGAAUCGACAGCAAUGUUACAAUCAGCGUCCCGUGACAUGGAGUCAGGUCGGGAAAGUCGGCGCGCCAAAGAAUCCGAGUUACGGCAACUGGAACGGGACAACGCAUUGUUGCAACAUAGACAGCAAGAAAGUCAAAGGAAAUCGGACAUGGAGGCAGAAAAAAGAAAAAAGGUUGAAAACGACCUUGCUGCAUUGUCACGGCAAUUGGAGGAGUGGCGCACGCAGAAAACGGAGCGCAAGAAGGCCGAAGCAAGCGCGAGGUCCGAACAACUCCGUAUAGAAGAGUUACAACGUAAGUUAAAGUCUGAAGGUGACACCGUCGGGAAACUGAAGAAGAUACAACAAGAACUCAAGAAGGCAAACUCUGAGCUAGAGAUGCAAAACAACGAACUUCGUGAUCGAGCUGCGUCCGCAGAUGAGAAGUUAAAGUCAUUGGAUCGAGCGAAGAUGAGAGUGGACAGCUUGUUGGAGCAAGAGAAGACACAAGGGGAAAAUAGAGUUACUGAUUUACAAGACCAUGUAAAGAGUUUACAUCAAGAAGCUGAAAGAUUGAAAGAUCAAAUUACCCGAGUUGAAAAUGAACGUAAACAAGCACAUGAUAAACUAUCAACACUAGAACGGUCGAAAACAAGCAUGCAGUUCGAGAUGAAGACGUUGCAACAAAAGCUUGACAAAGAGACAACAGAACACAAGAACACCCUCGCUAGACUCGAUGCAAGAAAUCGUAAAUAUGCAUCGAUUGAAGGGGCCAAGUCAGAGGCCAUGAAAGGAUUGGAGCGCCAGAUAAGUUUAGACAAGGAAUCGCGAGGAAACCUCGAAAAGGAAGUCAACGAUCUAAGGAAGAAGAUCACGCUUCUCGAAUACGACCUCCAGGAGGCGAGAAAGAGCCAGAAACAAACGCUUGCUGCGAAGGAGAAGUCCGAUAAUGAGGUUAAAGAAGCUAUGAGCGCCAAGUCUCACGAACAACAAUCAAAAUCCAAGCUACAAAGCGAGAUCAACAACCUUAAAAGUGAAAUUAUAGGCCUCAAAGCUUCAGAGUCGCAACUUAAUAAAGAGCACACUCAAUACCGAGAAGACAGCCAGGAGUUGGAGCGAAAGUUGCAGAAAGCGAAACGCGAACGACAAAACAUCGAUGGCCAGAUGAGGGAGCUACAGGACCAACUAGAGGCCGAACAAUAUUUCUCGACUCUAUACAAGACACAAGUGAGAGAAUUGAAAGAAGAGAAAGAAGAGCUUGAGAAGAAGGGAAAAGAUGAGAUGUAUGAUCUUGCUAUGCUUAAGGAUGAAAGAGACGCCAUCCAAGUUGAGUUGUCUGUUCUGCUGAACAAAGCUGACGAAGAGCAAGUAACUCGACGGGAAACAGAGGGCGAUCUUGCCCUCGCGGAGAAACAGAGGCUUCAGCUUGAACUUGAGCUUCGUGACGCGAAAGAGGCGAUCCAAGCGCACACAGACGCCACACGGGCCGAUAUGCACGCUCUUGAAGAGAAGGCAAGUAACUUGGAAAGCCAGAUGGAGGAAAUGAAGAAAGAGAAAGAAGGGUGGAUGAAAAAGGUGGAUGCAGCUAAUGAAGAAAUCGAGAAUUUGAAACAGACCUCAGGGGAAGUAGCGGCGUUAAAAGCAUCGUAUGAAAAGACAUUGAAUCAAGAAAAGAUGUUGAAAAUGCAAGCUGUCAAUAAACUUGCUGAGAUCAUGAAUAGGAAGCAAAACACAACCAAAGACAGAGGCAAAAAGGUAUCGGUUGAUGCUCUGAGGAAGAAAGAAAAAGAAUGUCGAAGGUUGUUACAAGAGUUGCAACAAGAGAAGCAGAAGAUCGGGUCGAUCACGCUCAAGUUUCAACAAGAUUUGGAUGAUUUACAUGCUUCACUAGCAGAGGAGAGCGCUCGGUGCACCGAGUUGCAGAUGAUGGUCGAUAGUAAAGACGCCGAUAUCGAGGUUCUGCACAACCAAUACCAGAACGCCACACCUUCAAUGGAUGCUGUUAGCUUGUAUAGUGAUGGUGACGAAAAUGCUCAUGGGGACAUGACGGUAACAGGCUGGCUUUCCAUUCCCAACAAAACCAAUAUUAAGAGACAUGGCUAUUGGAAGAAGCAAUACGUCGUUGUCAGCAAGAGGAAAAUUCUCUUUUAUGAUUCCGAGCAAGAUAAAGAGGAGUCAAACCCUUGUAUGGUCAUUGCUCUCGAAAAAUUAUUCCAUGUGCGACCUGUUACUCAAGCUGAAGCAAUGAGAGCUAAACCUGCGGAGAUUCCACUCAUUUUCCAGUUACUGUACGCCAACGAGGGUGUUAGUGUCCGCGACCCAGAACAACCGAUAGCAGAAACAUCUGAUCACACGAAACACUCAGCUGGUCGUAUCAGCCACAAAGGCCAUACCUUCAUCCCUAUUAUGUUCCACCUACCAACUAAUUGUGAAGUCUGCCCUAAACCACUAUGGCAUAUGUUUAAAUCACCUCCAGCUAUUGAAUGCCAGAGGUGCCGGGGUAAAUUCCACAAAGAACAUUUAGAAACAAACCUUAUAGCCCCCUGUAAAGUAAACUUUGACGGGAACGCUGCAAAGGAUCUUUUAUUAAAAGCAACUUCAUCGGAAGACCAGAAAAAGUGGGUGAGCCAACUCGCACGGAAAAUCCCCAAAACCCCUCCAGCUCCAGUCGAUACAUUUGGUGGAAGGAAUUCCCCGCGUGUGUCAUCGGGUCGUUACAACGCAACGUCUCGUAAAUCGAGCAGUAGGGGACCUGCUGAUAGAGUGCAGAAGGCCAAUGCUGAUAAAAGUUAACGAUUUGUUGCCACUGAAGACGCAUUGUGAGCUAACAUGUGCAUAGUAACCAUCGAAAUCUGCUGACUCAGCAAAUUUUAAUUGCACGGUCGUCACGCAUGACAGAACCGGCGGAUUAUGACAUCACAAAUGUUUAAUUGAUCGGUAGUUUCGGGUAAAACGUCGAAAUUUUGGGUCCGAUUCAAGUUACCCUCCGUACGUGCCUUGUUACUCCCAACCAAAUGUUCCAUACAGUUAAAGUUUCAUGGAAAUAACAUUUCAACUUUCUUGCCUUAAUCAAAUCUUAUUCUCAAUGCUGAUUGGCCCUUUUCCCUAACUCAGCGAUCCUAUUGGUUAAUUUUUUUCAGGCAGUAUUUUAUUAAAAUGCAGCGAACUAAUUGGGUAAUUUUACCCGAGACGUUGCGUUUUAUUUUUACGCCGAAAAGCGACUUUUUUCGCCAUAUAUAGUACCUAUGUUUUAACAGCAUUAUUCUACAACAUUUUUGUUGUCUAUUAAGUCACAAUGGGUUUAUUGUUUAAGCAUAAUGACCAUUGGAGUGCUAUAUAUUGUGUUUUAACUAAUUCAAAAUCAGACUGGUCAUUUUCCGUAAUUUUUUCAAAACCCUAAUUUAAAUUUGACGCUCACAUAAACAUCUUAUAUCAAACCUAAAACUCAAAACAUUGUUUCAAUUAUCAAAUAUUCGAAAAUUUGCAAAAUUUUAUUUUUUUGAAAAUCUGCCAAUACUCAUAGAAAUAUUAUUUUACCGCUUCACAUAGAUAUCUUAUAACUCCACCAUCUUGGCCACUGUCAGUAUCGCUGGUCACUCCCCAAAUAAUUACUGCUGGCAAUCGAUCUUACAUUGUGAUUAUUUCGUACUCGUGUUAGGGGAUUCCCCCACGACUGCCUUACCCUCUAUGACGCAAUAGAGGAAACUAUAUCGUCAUAACAACGCCUUUGUGCCUCCUAUUGUAUAACAUAAUAAUAUUAUAAGUGAUUCAAAGUUUUUCCCAAUAAGCAGAUGAUGAUUCUCGUUUUUCGCAUGUAUCAAUUCCGGGGAAUACCCCAUUGCCUACUAUUGUUGGCCCAAAGUGACGUUUAUGUGACCAACCAAUAAAGCUAUGUGAAAAUAA